AUGACAAAACUAAAUAAUGCCCAAGCAACAACUAUAAUCAGACAAGAAAUAGAUAUUCCCAAUUUGACGUCUUAUUUAGCUUCAAGAAUUCCUGAAAUUAAGUUACCAAUAGAAACUCAACAGUUCAAAUUUGGUCAAAGCAACCCCACAUAUCUCCUAAUUGAUGCAAAUCAAAAACGAUAUGUACUACGAAAAAAACCACCAGGAAAACUAUUAUCAACUACUGCACAUGCUGUUGAACGUGAGUUUCAUAUUCUUGAUGCUUUAGGAAAGUAUACCGAUGUACCAGUGCCUAAGGUUUAUCUUCUUUGCAAAGAUAAUGAAAUAAUUGGGACACCAUUCUAUGUAAUGGAAUUUUUAAAUGGUAGGAUUUUUGAGGAUGUAAGACUUUUAUCACUUUCUCCAAAUGAAAGAAAGAACUGUUGGUUUUCUUUGGUCAACACACUUGCUAAAUUACAUUCAGUUGAUUAUAAAGCAAUAGGACUGGGUGAUUAUGGAAAGUCAUCUGAAUUUUAUUCUAGACAAGUUCGUUCACUACUCAAAGUAUCAAAAGCUCAAGCUGCUGUGGUAGAUGAAGAUGGAAAUGAAGUGGGUGCUCUUCCAGGACUUGAUGAAAUGAUCAAGUGGUUUAAAAAUAAUGAAAUUCCUGAUGAAGCAACAAUUUUACAUGGUGACUUUAAGGUUUUUCAUCCAACAGAAUCACAUGUUAUUGGAAUAUUAGAUUGGGAACUUUCUACAAUUGGUCACCCAUUAUCAGACUUAGCAAAUUUAUUGAUGCAGUUUUAUGUAUCUGAAAAUGCUGUAAAACCUUUAAUUGGAUUAAAGGAUGUACCUAAUUUACUUAUCCCUUCAGCAGAUGAAUUAAUAUAUGAAUAUUGUAUUAAAACAAAAAGAAAAUUUCCAAUACCAAACUUUGAGUACGCCAUAGUGUUUUCAUUUUUUAGAUUGGCAGUAAUCACACAAGGUAUUGCUGCACGUAUUGCACAUAAACAAGCUAGUUCUAGUGAAGCACAAAAUUAUGCUAGAAUGUUUAAACCUAUAAAAAUAAAUUAUUAA